GCAUCGGCUCGCGUAGCGGAUAACCUGAAUGGUCUCUAUUCAACACAACUUCUCAAAAACUACUCGGCCCUUAAGUUGAUCGCAGGGGAGGUGCUCACCAACGGGGUGCUCCGGGAUGUCAGGAUAUUCCGCAUAUUCGAGGGAACUAAUGAUAUACUCCGGCUAUUCGUAGCCCUGACCGGCAUACAAUACACGGGCGGACAUCUUAGACAACUGGAAAGGGCUGUCCGUAAACCAGUGUCCAACUUGGGUACGAUCGUAGGCGAGGGCACCAAACGGUUCGCCCGGUCGGUAGGUCUGGGCGGCUCCGGUGCCUCACUUCAGGACUACGUGCACCCGGAGCUCAGGGAUGAGGCGGCACUGGUGUCCAAAGGCAUACAGGACUUCGGGGCCGGUGUGGAGCAC